AUGGUUAAAGAUACUUCUUCUCAAGCUAUUAUUGGUGACCUCUUAAUUCCUACUUUGGGAACUUGGAGAAUUGCUACUAUCUAUGGUAGUAGAACUUGUGUGGAUAGAGGUAAACUUUGGAAACAACUUGAAGAUUGGAUGGAGGAUUCCACUCCCUCAAUUAUUGGAGGUGACUACAAUUGUAUUCUAAGCAAAGAAGAUAAAAGAGGAGGUAAAAGAUUUCUUUUUUCUAAAGGUCCUAAAGAGAUGAAAAGCUUUAUGGUGAACUAUGAUUUCCAUGACAUUGGCUACAUUGGACCAAGGUUUACUUGGUGUAAUAAUAAAGAGGGGACCUCUCGGAUUUGGGAGAGGCUAGAUCGUUGUCUUUUAAACUCUUCAGCUAUUCAGAAAGUUCCUUUAGCCAUUACUAAACACCUUGCUAGAAUUGCUUCUGAUCAUAGUCCAAUUCUUCUUAAAUUGGAUACUGAAUUGAGAAUCAAGUCCAAGAUUAUCAGAUUUGAAGACACUUGGAGAUCUUAUCCAGCUUGUAAGAGCAUUGUUAAUUAUGCUUGGAAAAAGAAAGAUGUGGGGAAUGAGAGUGAAAUUCUUCAAAAGAAGACCAAUAGAACUCUAAAAGCUUUGUUUUUUUGGAGUAGAAACAAAUGUAAAAAUCUGAAUAAUCUGAAAGAAAAACUGAAGGAAGAGAUUGAAGAACUUCAAAAGAAGGAGGCUUUGGGUGAAGAUUGGAAUGAGGAGGAUCUCAAAUUGCUUCGGUUUAAAGUUCAUGAAUUCAAUGUCACUUUAAGAAGGUUAUCUACUUGGUGGAACCAAAGAGCAAAAGCUAUAUGGCAUGAAGAAGGUGAUAUGAACUCUAAACUUUUCCACAAUUUUGCUACUGCCCAGUGCAAGCUGACGGAUUGGCCAACAGUUUUACAAAAUCAGAAAAUUAUGGUGGAUGAUAACUCUAUGCUUAAUGAAGCUUUCACGGUUGAAGACUUGAAGAGCUCGGUUUUCCAGCAAGUUAACAACUUCUUCUUAACUGGUAGAAUGUGUAGAGAAUGGAAGGAUACUCUUAUUAUCUUGAUUGCUAAAAUUAAAAAUCCUUUGGUUCCAGCAAAUUUCCGUCCCAUUAGCCUUUGUCAAAUGAACUACAAAAUUAUUGCUUCUAUGCUUGUAAAUAGAUUAAAGAAGAUUAUCUCUAGAUUGGUCUCAGAAGAGCAGAUGGCUUUCAUACCUGGUAGAUCUAUUUCUGAACAUUGUCUCUUAGCUCAAGAGAUGUUUCAUAAGUUCAAAGUUUCCAAGCAUAAAAAAGGAGCUAUGGCUAUCAAACUUGAUAUGGAGCAAGCAUAUGAUAGUAUGGGUUGGGCCACUCUUCAUCACACUCUUAUUUGGUAUGGCUUUCCCAACUACUUUUCUAAUUUGCUUCUGGAAUGUGUUACUGAGGUGAGAUUCUCUAUUUCUAUUAAUGGCUCUAAUUCAAAUUGGAUUAAGGCUUAUAGUGGAUUUCGUCAAGGAUGUCCACUCUCACCUUAUCUCUUUAUUUUAUGUUCCCAACUGUUGUCAAAUGCUAUUAAUCAAAGAGGUCAAAAUCUUGGUAUUCAAAUCUCUUCUGGAGGACCUAGGAUUACUCAUUUGUUAUAUGCUGAUGAUGUUCUAAUUUUCUCUCAUGCCACUUCCUCUUUGGCAAAGUUGAUGAAGAAAAUUGUGGAGGACUUUUGCAAUUGGUCUGGCCAAAGAGUUAAUCUUAACAAAUCCCAGAUUUUAUUUGGGAAAAAUGUAAGAAAGAAAAUGAGGAAGAAAAUCACCAAUUUGCUGGGCAUUAAAAUGGUGAAGGAAAUGAUUUAUCUUGGUGUGAAGAUGGCUCUUAGAAGACUUAAAAUUGCUGAUUUUCAGGAGCUAAUUGGCAAUGUCUUGGAUCGGUUAAAUGCUUGGAGCAGGAAAUCUCUUUCCUUGGGAGGUAAAAUUGUUCUUAUUGAGAGCUCUUUACUUUCUAUGCCAAACUAUCUCAUUACAAAUUCUUUAAUUCCCAAGAGAGUUCUUCUUGAACUUGAAAAGCUUUGUAGAAACUUUAUUUGGCAUAAACAAAAUGGUGAUAGGGGUAUUCAUUAUGUGGCUUGGGAUGAGAUAUGUAAACCAAAGAAAUUUGGUGGGUUGGGUUUACAUUCCCCUUUAUCUAGAAUUGGAUCUCUUAGAUCCAAUGUGGCUUGGAAUUUUCUUCAAAAACCGGACUCUUUAUUUCACAAAACCAUGAAGCACAAAUAUGGGGAUGACAUUUUACAUGAAGCUCACCGUAAAACUGGCUCUAGUGCUUGGCAUAUCCUUUUAGAUGGAGGAAAGGCUUUGAAGAAUAUUGCUAGGUGGAACAUUGGCAAUGGAAAGAGUAUCAAUGUUUUGAAUGAUACUUGGUUGCAUGAUAAAUGUUUAAACCGUUGGCCCACUUUUAUCAAUUGUGUUUAUCUUGAGAAUGCCACAAUUAGUGAGUUCCUUUUAAACAAUGGAGAUUGGAAUUAUUUCAAAUUGCAAAUAGCUUUCCAUCAAGAAAUUAUUGAGAUCAUUUCCCAAAUCAGCAUUGAUAUAGAGGUUGAUGACAACAUUGAAUUGAUUAAUUGGUGCUCGGGCAAGACCGUUUCAGCUCUCUCUUUUGAAUAUGUUGUCUCUAAUAGAUUAAGUGAUGAUGAAUAUGGGUUCUUUAAUUGGUUGAUGAAGCUAAAACUAAACAAGAAGGUGGAAACUUUUUGGUGGAGACUUGGCAAAAAGGGAAUCCCAACUAAUGUUUUUUUCAAGAACCGAAAAAUUUCAGAUUUUAUAAACUGUGCUAGAGGUUGUGAUUCCAUUGAGUCUUAUGAGCAUAUCAUGGUUAAUUGUAAAUACUUGAUUGAGGUAAUCAUGAGAAUUCGUGAAUGGGGUAUUCAAAUACCUUUCUUCAAUUCUUUGGAUGAUUGUUUGCAUAGUUUAAAGGCUCUAACGGUUCAAAAUUCUGGAAUGGUGAAACUCUAUUGCACAAUUGUUUACUUGUCAUGGAAGAAUAGAAAUGAAAUUCAGCACCAAAAAACUGCUAUACCGAGCUCUUUAGUUGCAGCUAAUGCUCUUUAUUUGGCUACCUCCAAUGUUAAUCCUUUUCUUGUAAGUUGGGGCACUAAUCUCCCUAGGGAGUCCCUUCAUCCUUGGUGCCCCCCUCCAAAGGAUUGGAUUAAAAUCAAUGUGGAUGCUUCUCUACUUGGAUCCAAUCAAGCUGGGAUUGGAGGCAUUUUCCGUGAUCACAUGGGAAGAUUCAUCAGUGCUUUUGGGAAAAAGAGAACUCAUUGGAAUAUAGCUCAAUUGGAGCUUGAUGCAGUUUUUGCGGCCAAGGACUUCCUUUGUGAUUGGAUGCUUGAAUGCAAAGGAAUUAUUGUGGAGAGUGAUAAUGAUAAGUGGAAAGAAAGGGGUUGCUGUGUGGAUAACUGGCCUGUCCCGAGAGCAGUUUUGGAUGAUCCAGAUAUAAGAGGUUUGAAUGUAGAUAUUUCAGAUUUGGAGAUAUUGGAGGGAAUAAUGUGUGUCAAAGCAGUGAGAAGAUUCUUUGGUACUGGUAAAAUGUGCAGGGAAUGGAAGGACAUUCUUGUUGUGCUUAUUCCUAAAAUAAGUAACCCAGUCUCUCCUACUGGUUUUCAUCCUAUAAGCUUGUGUAACUCUAUCUAUAAAAUUGUGGCUAAGGUUUUGUUGAACAGGCUAUUGUUAGUUAUUCCCAAGGUUAUCUUAGAAGAGCAAGUUUCUUUUGUUAAAGGGAGGAGUAUAUUGGAUCAUUUAUUGCUGGCUCAGGAGUUGUUCAAUAAGAUCAGGAUUUCUAAAUCAGGUGUAGGUAUGGUAGCUAUCAAGUUGGACAGGGAACAAGUCUACGACAGCAUGUGUUGGAAGACCCUUUAUAAGAUGAUGAGCAUAAUGGGCUUUCCAAAGAAGUUCAUGAAUUUGGUGAUGGAAUGCAUUAUGGAGCCAAGGUUUUCUAUCUUAAUCAAUGGAGGACUCUCCAAAUGGAUCAUGGGCAAUGACUUAGGCAUCAGGAUUGCUCCAAGGGUUCAGAAGGUAUCACAUUUUCUCUAUGUAGAAGAUGUCCUUUUAAUUUAUGAUGCUAAGUUGAAGAUUAUUAAGAAGGUGAAGAGUAUUUUAAGUGAUUAUUGUGGCUGGAUGGGACAGAGGUUAAAUCAUAAAAAAUCUGCUAUGAUCAUUGGUAAGGCAGUUGAGAAGAGAAGGAAGAAGAAGAUUGCAAGGAUCAUGGGGAUUAAGCAUUGCAUGGAGGAGCUGAAAUCUAUGUCUGAAAUGUACUCAAUGAUGGUGAAGAUGUAUUACUCUUUUUUAUGGUACUCUUGGAGCAACAGGAAUAAGUCUAAACAUGGGAAGAUUGAACAUAGUGAAUUAGUUAUUGCUGCAAGCGUGAUCAGCUUUGUUAGAUUGGAUAAAUGGAGCAAGGUUCUCUCAGAUUACUGGGAUGCUGGCUAG